AAAAAACCCAGCGCCGCACGCGCACCGCAGAAGUAGCUCAGCUAUGAAGUGAAUCACAGUAUCCACUGGAUUCUGGAGCUGGCUUAAUGGGUUCGUGUUUAAUUUGUGUGUAUGCCUGAGAGGUAUAUCAUUUGGUUUUUCGUCAGAAAGAAGCAAAUUUGAAACUUCUGGUGCACCAUGAAAGCUCCCAUUAUUGAUCCACUGCAGGGUGAUUUUCCCGAAGUGAUAGAGGAGUAUUUGGAGUAUGGUGUUAUGAAAUGUAUUGCAUUUAAUCGCCGUGGAAACCUUCUUGCUGCUGGGUGCUCCGACGGAAGUUGUAUCAUAUGGGAUUUUGAAACCAGAGGCAUUGCAAAAGAAUUAAAAGAUAAGGACUGUGCUGUGGCAAUAACAAGUGUUUCUUGGUCCAAGUAUGGCCACUGCAUACUUGCUGCAGCUAUAGAUAAGUCUCUGACUCUUUGGGAUGUUGUCAAAGGAGAGAGAAUGGCUCGAACUGUACUACAACAAACGCCUUUGCGUGCUUGUCUCCAUCCUGGUUUAUCCAACCCGUCAAUUUGCUUAGCUUGUCCUCUGUCAUCAGCCCCCAUGAUUGUCGACUUGCUUACAGCGACCACAAUUGUGCUUCCUGUGUCAUUGUCUGACAUAGGAAAUGGUGCCACCCCUCCGUCUGGUAAUAAAAUUCCAGAUGGAUCUACUCCUUUUUCACCGGGUAUUGCGUGCUUCAGCAAGUAUGGCGAUUUGGUUUAUGUGGGAAAUUCCAAAGGAGAGAUACUAAUUAUUGAUAGUGUAAGCAUCAAAAUACGUGGUAUGUUUUCUAUACCAGGGAGCGCGCUGAUAAAGAAUAUUGCAUUUAGCAGAGGUGGACAAUAUCUUCUGACAAACUCAAAUGAUAGAAUUAUCAGAAUCUAUGAAAACCUUUUGCCACUGAAAGACGGGCAUGAAGUGCUGGACAGAGCAAACCAGGAAUCCAUUGAGCAAGAUGAAGUACAAAGACUGAAGCAUGCAGGAUCGGGGGCUCUAGCUCUUUUCCGGGAGUUUCAGGAUUUGAUCACCAAAGUGCAUUGGAAAGCACCGUAUUUUAGUGGUGACGGUGAGUGGGUUGCUGGAGGUUCUGCUAGCAAAGGAGAGCAUAAGAUCUAUAUAUGGGACAUGGAUCGGCGUCUUGCAAAAAUUCUGGAGGGUCCAAAAGAAACAUUGCUAGAUUUGGCCUGGCAUCCUGUCAAACCUAUAAUUGCUUCCGUUUCCUUGACUGGAAUUGUUUAUUUGUGGGCGAAGGAUUGUACUGAGAACUGGAGUGCAUUUGCUCCAGAUUUUAGAGAGCUCGAGGAAAAUGAGGAAUAUGUGGAACGUGAAGAUGAGUUUGAUUUGAUGCCUGAAACAGAGAAAGUGAAAGAGUUGGAUAUCUACAAAGACAGAGACAUUGAUAUUGUGACAGUUGAGGAAGGAUAUUCUGCCUUGAGUGAUUCAGACAUGUCACAGGAAGAAAUAUUGGUCAUCUAAGAAAUCAUGAAAUCCAGAAUAAAUUGUGAGAAGCAGAAAGUAAUCUCCUUGGAACUGUAAUUUGUCUUGUAGCUUGAGGGUUCUAGUGAAGAUAAGAUGUCUCAACAGCAGAUGAGGGAGAUCAUCUAUAGCCUAGGAUUCGAAUAGGGCAUCGAUUCAUGUGAUAACAACUCUGGUUAGGAACAAGUACGCCUCUAUAUUGCUUCCUGCACUCAAAUUUUCUUGUCAAAAUACUACAGUUGGAUUGUUGUGUUUUGUUAUGUUGUCAGAUUUUUCGCUGUCUUGGAUAAAUUCCUUGAUUCUUCUCA